AGCGUUCAAUAAAACGACUUUGCCUCCCUUCCCUCCAAUAUGUCAAUUGCAAAAUUAGUUGCAACGUCGACAUACUUUUGGCACAACGACACGACAAUCCAUUCGAUAUAGUUCUUCAGUCCAUCAUCAAAUUGUCUUAGUUUAGUCCAGUCCAGUCAACAUGUAUCUCGACCAGGACUUCGUUGGCGAGCUCCUCGCUAAGACGAGCACUGCAUUCGCAACACCACCAGUCCCGACGGCGACUGCUUCCGUUACACCUCUGCCGACCAUCGUUCCCACACUCCCCGAUGUUACGUACGAGCAUGUCCACGCCACAGGCAGCAGGACCCUCUGGGUCGUUGUAGUCCUCAUGGCUUUGUCAUCGUUGGCCUUCUACGCAAUGGCUUUCAGAGUUCCAGUCCAAAAGCGUCUCUUCCACGUCUUGACUGCUUUCAUCACCACCUUCGCCUUCCUGUCUUACUUUGCCAUGGCCACUGGCGAUGGCGUUGGUCAACAGACAACCGUCAUCAAGUCACACCUCGAUCAGACCGGUCAGACCAUUGUUGAAGAGAUUGUCCACCGCCAGGUCUUCUGGGCUAGAUACAUCGAUUGGUCCAUCACUACCCCGCUGUUGCUCCUGGAUCUCAGUCUUCUGGCCGGCCUCAAUGGUGCUAGCAUUUUGAUUGCCAUUGUCGCCGAUCUCAUCAUGGUUCUUACUGGGUUGUUUGCUGCUUUCGGUGGCCACGGCGGUCAGAAGUGGGGAUGGUACGCGAUUGCUUGUAUCGCAUACUUGGUCGUCGUCUACCAGCUUGCUCAGAACGGCAGACGCACUGUUGCGACCAAGGACAGCAAGACCAAGGCUUUCUACUCGGCCAUCGGUGCAUUUACCCUCAUCCUCUGGACCAUCUACCCGAUUAUCUGGGGUGUCGCUGAUGGCGCUCGUAUCCUCAGCGUUGACUCUGAGAUUAUCGCCUACGCUGUUCUGGACGUCCUCGCCAAGCCUGUCUUCGGAUUCUGGCUACUCACUACCCACGACAGGAAUACCUCGUCAUCUCCUUCAAUUGAGGGUUUCUGGGCUAAUGGUGCGUCAAACGAGGGUACCCUCCGCGUCGGUGAUGACGACUAAACGCUCACCUCGAGCAAUUUGCCAACCCACUGUUGUCUUGAAAACAAAAGCUUGGGGAGUCAGGCUUGAUAUUUGGAACAAGAGAGGCUGGUCGAAAUAAGACCCACAUUGGCCAGCUCAGGAAACCACAGUGAUGAUGUUGAAGUAGGAUUCGUUUUUGAACGACUUGUAAUCAUGCACGGUGUUUCUCGUUUUUGUUUUAUUCUUUCGAUUUGUAUUUAGCAAAAGCCUGUGAAAUAAGAGGAGUCAAACGACUUGGAACAUAGUCAUGGAAACAAGCAUUGACCACA